AUGGAUAUCUCUAUAGCAUCACGAAAAAAUGGGAUUCUGGAUGAGCGAACGCCAGAACGGCUCAGUUCAACUAGCUUCAAUAGAUUAGAGCGAGUAAUGCAGGAUAGGGAAAAGGAUGAGGAGGUGGAGGAAGAAGAGAAGGAGGAAGAGGAGGAGGAGGAGGAAGAAAAGAAGGCCAAAACCAGCAAUAGCAGUAAGGCACCAGCCUGUGAUGGGUACCAACCAUCACCAUCAUCAUCAACGACCGCUGACACCAAUACCAUUAUCAUCGCCAAACAUCACAGUAUAAAUACUAGACAGUAA